AUGGCUUGGUUAAUUAUUGUUCUUCUCUGUCUCGGGAAUUCAGGAGCUCAGUUUCUGGAUGAAGAGAAUACCAAUAAGCUAGAACAAGAGCAGCGAUUGAUAAGCCUUCUCAUCAAAUUGCAAAAGGAAAAGUUCUACAGCACCCUUCUAAUUUACGGAGAGCAUUGUGUUUUUCCUUCCCUAUCCAAUCAACUGCAGUUCUCCACCGUGCUGGUUCCCUCGGGAAGCACUAAUUUCGAAUGGAAUUUCAGCAGUUUAGCUCUGAUCCUAAGUUGCGGCUAUGAAGCCGAGAAGGAGGAGAACUAUCGCACACAGAUUAAACUGCAAUCGAAUCCGCGACUAGUUAUUCUUCAGGAAGAUAUCCAACCAGAGUUCGUGUGCGAUCACUUUUCGAAAAGGGAGCAAUAUAACGUAGCUAUGGUGACGGAAGACUUUUAUCGUUCGAAUGCUAUUAACUCAUGUCGCCACUUUCAAGAUCCGAACUACGAAGAGGUGAAUCUACUCGACGGCAAACCGAUUUUCACGAACCAGUUUCGCAACAUGCACGGUGCGCCGAUCAGGACAAUCACAGACGACGUGGCACCCCGGUCCAUGGUCACCGAGGACCCGAAGACCGGCGAGAAGAAGUGGAUAGGGUACGUGGCCAAUGUGCUGAACAACUUUGUGCAGAAGGUCAAUGCCAGCCUUGAGAUGCAGGAGGGUUUGACCGAGGCCGGGGGCACAGUAUUCUUCAUGAAUGUAUCCAAGUGGGCGGCAGACGAUCUUCUGGACAUCGGCAUGAGCGUCGAGGCCGAUUGGGAUAUGAGCAGCUUCGACACCUUGACCUAUCCCUACUUGAUCAGCUCCUACUGCUUCAUGGUUCCCCUUCCGGACCAAGUUCCGUACAGCUGGAUCUUUGGCAUAAUCCUAGACAUUCCCGUCCUGGGCAUUCUCCUCGUGCUUUUCUGCAUCUUCUCCCUGCUGCUGAUCUACAUCCAGCAGAGGUCCUGGCGAGGGCUCAGUCUGACCAGCGUCCUGAUGAACGACGUGUGCCUGAGGGGCUUUCUGGGGCAGCCCUUUCCCUUUCCCCAGAGUUCCAGCCGGAAGCUAAAGCUCGCUUGCCUGCUCCUCUGCUUCUCGGGUCUGAUGACCACCACGAUGUACGGGGCCUACCUGAAGACCUACCUAUAUCGUCCGCCACCCAGACCGUUUAUGCGAACCGUCAGAGAUUUUCAAACGUCCAGGUACAAGAUGGCACUGAACUGGGCCGCUAUAAAUACGCUGCGGUACGAGAACAAACUCAAAAUGGCGGAAGAGAGCGAGGGGCAAGUCGAGGUUUUCGAGAACUACAGUGAAUUCCUGCAGUUGCGGUCAUCCUUCGAUAACAACUACAUCUUUCCGGUGACCAGUGUGCGGUGGGGCACCUACAAGGAGCAGCAGAAGCUCUUCGACCAACCGAUAUUCUACUACUCGGAGGACUUCUGCCUAAGUCGGCACAGCUUCCUGAGCUUCCCGGUCAGACGGCGCCUUCCCUAUCGCGACCUCUUCGAGGAGCACAUCCUGCGGCAGAAGGAGUUCGGCCUACUGAACCACUGGAUCGACAGCAGCUUCCUGGACAUGUUGAGACUCGGUCUGACCCCCUACACGGACUUCGGCAAGCCCCCUGACGAGGAUGCCAUCGACAUAGACGACCUCUACUGGGUGUUGGGCCUGUACAUCUUUGCAUUGGGCAUCAGUUGCUGCUGUUUCGGCCUGGAGCUCUUGGUAUCCCUAACUUUCUGGAGUCGCUUCAAAACAUACAAAUGGAAAUGGACUACCAACUGA